AUGGGGGGCACAAAGGGAAGGCGUGGGACUCCGAAGUAUUUGCUUAGUGCAGAGGAUACUCCUGAGGGGACCUUUGCCGUGAUUGACCCCUUAAGCCAAAGACUCUUUGUGCCUCAGACUUCUAUGAUUGACACACUUGCAAUGCACAGAGCAGGCGUGCCAUCUCUGUGCCGCUUAUACUUGCAAGGCCGCUGCCGCCAGGGAAAUUCGUGCUUUCAGGCCCAUGCUGAUGCUAAUGUUGUCCAGCAGUUACGUGAAGUUGCUCUUAAAGAGCCAACCUGUUGUGAAAAACAUGGUGCAAAAAGUGACACCACCGGUGUUCCAAAGGACGUUAUGGUAAUUGUAACUGAGAAUAACGAUCAAGGGUGUCUUCUUAGAACAACGUUGGCGUAUGUUACCAUGACCAAGGGUCUACGAGCCCUUCUUAAAAGGCAUCUCCCUGAGGAUGACUCAGCAGAAUCUGUGGUGGUUGUUCCUUUAAGUUCGCUUUGUCGACUUCAUGGUUCUGGUCCAUGUUGUCGCUUCGGCCAUGAGUGCAAUUUCGUGCAUCUUUGUCGUGAUUUAAUUGCCGAGUUUAAAAAUAGAGAAAAUGAAAGUGAUCAUGAAAAUGUAACUACAUCCCAGGCUCUGACAACACCGCCAUCUCUAACACUACCACCACCACCACCACCACCACCAUUACUACUACAAGUUACUGACGCUUCUCCUGUAGUCUUGUCACCAUCGCAAUCGAAUACCAAGAAUUUGACGGUACAAAAUGAACCAACUCUUUUCAUGGGGAUUAGUCCUGUUCAGUUUGCCUCUUCCCAAAGUAUUUUCCUCGGUAAGCAUACGGGUAAUGGAGUUGUGUCCCUCUCUGGUACGCCAAAGCUAAGCACAUCGCCAGCACUCUCGCGGUCGUACAAUUCAACAUCUCUCGGAAUUGUCUGGCGACAUAAUCCAUAUGGAGGGACGUCUUCUGCAUCAUCUGUUGUUGAAACUUGA